CGUCGGAGUUCUUCCCCUGCAUUUCCAGUUUCAAUUUCAAUGUUCCCUCAGGUCCACUUUUCCCCGUCACGUCUCCUUCCUCCGCUCCACGGACGGCUCCAUCUCCGGACAGCAAACCGCACGGCUCCGACAUGGGCGCACUCCUGAAGCUGACCGACGCCGUACUCUUCCUUUUCUUCCUCGUAAUCGCCUUGGUGGCGCCGUCGCUCGACGCUCAGACCUGUCUCCCCGCCACCAUCUUCCCCGAGUUCCUGGUGGACCUCAAGUCCUGGUACGGCCGCGAGUACGGGGAUUAUCUAGUCACAGAGAAGCCCCACUUCUUCGUCGGCCUCGUCUGGCUUGAGCUCCUCUUCCAGUGGCCGCUCUCGCUCCUCAACCUCUACGGCCUUUUUGCCUCGAAGUCUUGGUUCGGGACAACCUGCCUGAUUUAUGGCGUCUCCGUAUUCACUUCCAUGGCUGCAGUGAUGUCGGAGCUGGUCAGGUCUGGAAAGGCGUCUGAUAAGCUCCUAACAAUGUACUUUCCUUUUGUGGGAUUUGGCGUGCUGGCAAUCCUGCGAGGGUUGGUGCCGAGUUCUAGCAGAGGCUCUUCGAAUAUCGGGAAGAGGCCUGUUCUGGGAAGGAAGAAAAGGUCUUGAAGUGCAUCAUCAUCGUUGGAUCAAUGGAUCUGAUUCUAGGCAGUGAAAAUCAUCCUGGUUUUGUAUCAAUACGUCCUGAUUUUGGUUAAGAGGUGUUUAGCUCGAGAGCUAUUGAAUAAAUGAGAGAUAGCAUGGCAUUUCCUACUUCGACAUUAAGCAUGGUUUAAUGUAACCCAGGUGUAAGAUUUCAAGCGAUACAUUGUUUUCAUCUUGACAGUGGCAUCUCAUAUUAAGAGGCAGAGCCUUUUCCAGUGUU